AUGGAGUGGAAAAAGGUGAAAACUAAGAAGCAAAAAGGAUCUCCGUUUCCUAAGAAGCUAGCUGAUUUCUUUGAGGAAGAAAUCCAAGAUGGCGACCGAGAUCAACAACAGGGGAACCAGGACGAUUCUGCCUACCAUACUCCUCUAUCCCAGAGGAACAGAUUUGCUCCCUUAUACACUCCACACCGCAGGGCUAACCCAGCAGACCUGCAGGAAGACAGUGAGGAAGACAACCCAAGGGAUCGCAGCCCUCUAAAGCCUAUGAGACCUCAGCCUCCAGCAGAGCAGCAGGAGAACAGAGAGAUUCAGGUAGGACAACUCUCACAACCCUCACCCCAGACACCCCCAGCUAACAAGCCCCCAGACCCCCUGAUAAACUUUCCGAUCACAGAUCAGCCCAUGACCCAGCAAUUCUUUAAAGAAUUUAUGAUCUCCUUUAGAUGUGUUAUGCAGGACAACAUGGCGGAGAUCAGGGUGGAUAUGAAGGAGCUGGUAGGGCAUGUGUCACAGUUUGCAAAAAAGACGGACCAGAGGGUCACUAAGCUGGAGAAUAGGAUAUCAGAGAUGACUGGGGCACAUAAUGAGCUUAUUGAUGCUCAUCGGGAGCUUAUGGAUGAAGUAAAAUGGAUGAAAGAAAAGUUGGCUGACGCAGAAGAUAGAAACAGAAGAAAUAAUGUGAAGAUCAGGGGGGUGUCAGAGACAGUUUCUAACAAUGACCUAAAAGGGUAUGUGAGAGACCUACUGAAAACCACUCUACCUACAAUCUCUGAAAAUGAACUGGUAAUAGACAGAGCUCAUAGGCUUCCUAAACCUGGCUUCAUAGCUGAUCAUUUGCCAAGAGACGUUAUCACCAGAAUACAUUUUUACCAUGUAAAGGAGUUACUUCUUGCAUCCACUAGAGGAGGGAAAAAGCUCCCAGAUCCAUUUCGGGACUUAACCUUGUACCAGGACCUUUCACAGGCAACUCUGCAGGCCAGAAAGGAAUACUCGCAGAUAGCGGCAACUCUGAGAUACAAGAAGAUCCCUUACAAGUGGGGCUUCCCCCCAAAGAUGAUAAUCAACGACCAGGGGGUUACCCAUGUCAUCAGAAGUGUAAAAGAAGGUAAAGAUCUACUUGCCAAAUGGAACAUUCCUGUUUUCAUCUCCGGAGACCCCAAGAAGGAUAGACCAAUUAGAUCCACACCCUUGUCCAAGCAACAACCGAUGGACUGUUCCCAAGAUAAAACAGAGGAUGAAAAAUCUGCAGUGGCUUCUGCAGGAACCUGA